AUGCAAACAAAUCUUGAAACUUCGUUCAACUUGGCCGUUGAUAAUCAUCUCACUGCAACUGAUCCAAUUUUUGAAGCUGAUGAUUCAGAAAAUGGUAACAUCUUUAUUUCUAAGUUUAGAUUCAACUAUAUAAUAAUAUAUGUUUAUAGUUCGUUCGCACAGUCGUUCAACAGAUGGAACAGAUACAACUGAUGGUAAUCAAUCUGAUAUUGGUGGAAAUGAAUCUGAUUCAACUCCUCCGCCAACAGCAACUAAUAUAAGUAUGGCUUUGCAACAAGUUAAUGGAACUAAUAACAACAACAGUGGUUCGAAUUCGACUGAUCCAAUUGCGAAUCCAUUUCCACAAUUUAAUCAAGGUAAAAAGACUAUUCAGGACAUUUAAAAAAAUCUUUGAAUAGCUAGAUUUUUAAAGUUUUUAUCACAAUUCAAAAAAAAAUUAAAAUAAAAAAUCUUUGAUACAAACUACUAUGUCUUUCUGCGUCUCUUGUCUCAAAUCGCAAAAAAAAUCGUAUUUUUUGCCCAUUGUAUUUGUAUUCCCUUUCUGAUAUCACUCUUUCCACUAAUGUUUUUUCCAAUUUUUCAGCCGAUCUUCUCAACUUCCACAACAAUUCUCUUUUGCCUCAUCAAAUGUUCACAAAUUUCGGAAGAUAUUCUCAGGUUAGUGUUGGUUCUCCCCUUCUUCAGUCUUUUCUCAUUUUUAUGAAACCAUCAGAAAUGCAUCAAUUUCGCCCUUUUUUGCACUUUUUGUCAAAAGACAGCAAAAAAGGAGCCAUCAAAAAUAUGUAAUAUCUGUCUUCAUUCUUUUGUGCUCCAAUUAAAAAAUGAGGGUUCGUUUUGUUCUUUCGGAGCAAAAAAAAAGUGCGCGUCGAGGGAGUCAUCUUUUUUCACGCAAAUUUUCUUUUUUUGGUCGCUCGGUUUUUUCUGCUCGAAAAAUAUGAACCCCAAGAUUUGUUGUCUUCUGGAGUAUUUUGAUUUUAAAUACGGUAGUUUAAAAACCUAGCGAGUAAAACUUUUUUGAAUUUUGCAACUCUGACACACUUUUCCCUGUGUUAAAAAUGUUGUACCAGAUUUGCAAGUUUCUCGCUUCAAGACCAAACGAGGAAAAAUUUAUUUCAUUUUUUUCAAAUUCCCCGCGUUAGAUCAUCUCGAAACAAUGGAGCGCAUUUUCAUUUGGAUUUCAUUUUUUGAUUUUGAAUUAAGGAGAAACCCUGGCACACUUUUUCUUCAGUUCAAAAUUAUGCCAGAGUUGCAUAUCAAGCCACACCCACUUUCCCUAAAAUUCUUUCAAAAUUUUGCACACUACGUUUUUUGAAUAAGUAUUUAUUUCCUCAUUUUCAUCACAAAAAAGUGCACUUUUGUGUGUUUUGUCUGAACACUGUUCGUCUUCUUCUUUUUCUUCUUUUUCCUUUUUUUUCGCCACUCGACUCUUUUUCUUUUUGUGUUUCACGAAAUUCGAAAAUAACAAACAGUCUCGCCGAGCAAAAAAGUGCAUUUCGAUCAAUUCGCAACAUUUUUUGUUGUUCUUUUAUUCAAGUAGAUCUUACUGUAGAUGGUACUGUAGGUACCUAGUUUUGAGAAGUUAGAUACCGUAGAUCUGCUAACAUGCGUAGAUUGUGAUUUGCUAUUUUUUUGAGAAUUGGUAAGGUGGGACUAAGUAAAAAAGUUAACAAAAAACUGAUAGAUUUAGAGAAAAAAUUUUUAUCUACCAGAAAAUCCACGAAAUUCAAAAUCUACCAAAUUGGAUUACCAAAUUGGAAAGACUGUUCGUUUCAGUUUGA